AUGUCGAACACGGGGACGACAGACCUAAGUUGGCUGCCCUCAGAUGCAGAUGAACAACUCGCCUUAGGAUUCAAAAUUGUCACCAACGCGUACAAGACUAGGGUUACGUCCCAGGAGGCAGAAAUCAGAUCUCUCAAGGGACAGCUGACGGAAAAGCUGGAACAACUCUCGUCAAUACAAAAAAAAUAUAGCAACCUGGAAGUUCAGCUAAUCGAAUCAACCCAGAGAGGAAACCAGCUGGCGGACGAGAACAAGCAGCUCAUUACGACCAUUAAGAAGUUAACAUAUCACCGGGAUUGCACUAAAAAUAAAUACGUUGCAAAUGUUUUUCAUCAUGGGAAGGAAAAAGAAUUGCUUUUUUUUUUUCACAAACGAUACUAUUCCGCCGACGACAUGCUUCAAACGACCGCACCAAGAACGAUGCUCGAGAUCAAUGGCAAUGAGGACUCCUGCCAAACCCUAAUUAACAAAAUUGUUAAUUCGGACGCGCACAACAUCAUCAACGGGAAUUUCAACACGCCCUACAUGGGAGCGGGAUCCUCAGGCGAGAAGAACACAGACGGAAGAGCCUUCUUCCGAAACGCAAGGAGCAGACUGACGUACGAGCAGUUUAACCAGUUUUUGUCGAACAUCAAGAAAUUGAAUAACCACCAGCAGAAGAGAGAGGAGACGUUGAAAAAGGCGCAAGUGAUAUUUGGCGAGACAAACUCCGAUCUGUACGAAGAAUUUAAAGUCCUCAUUUCGAAGCAUUCUUAG